AUGGCACUACACUCAUCCCUCACCUACAUCGAUGACGGCUUCAUCAAAACGGCCAACAGCUGGGAGGGCCUGAUUUCGAUUUCGAUUUUUGCCGAGGAAAUUGUCGACGAGCAAUUUCCGUUGAUUUUGAAAUGGCUGCUCCACUUUCAAGGAAAAUUGAAACGACCCGAAGAUGUUUUUUGGCAGCUGUUCUUCCAGAUUGAUGGCCAGGAAUGCGAGGUUUAUCAAGUCGACAAGAUCCUGUACCCGCUGAAGGAAAGCCCAUUUGCCGCCACGUCAUUCAACCCCGAAUUCUACCCCAUUAAUGUGGCCCGGAAUUUGGCUCGGAAAUUCGGGCCGCCACAUCGGUAUAUCCUGGUUGCGGAUAUGGAACAGGAGUACUCGCUCCAAGCCGAACAACGCCUCCGAUUUUUGGCGGAAAGUCGUGAUAUUGAGACGAACCGAGAGCUGCUGGUUGUGAGAAGAUUUGAGCAUCGCACUGGCACAAAAGCUCCACAAUCGUUCGACGAGUUGCGGAAUGGCAUCUACCGAGACGUCUUCGAAUUCCACUACCAUUACUUUGCUGUCGGCCACCGGAUCUACAGCAUCAAGAAGUGGUUGCAGCGCGGCGAAAAUACGACACAUGUUCAAGAAGUACGAAAACCGAGCAAACACUGGGAGCCAAUGUUCGUUGCGUCAGCGAGUAUCCCCUACCACGACGAGGGGCUCAUCUACCAGUAUAUGAAUCAUCUGGCCAUGCGCUGGGACCUGUGCGCGAUGCAGUACAAAUUCAUGGUGGCUGACGGCGUGUUCAACACCCAUGAGGGGAUCAAGGAGUUACGGCUGGUGGGAGGGUAUAAAUGGCAAUCAAAGAAGCAGUACAAGGAGGGCAAGGCGGCCGCCGAACGGCACAAGGCGCGCCUCAUCGAAAUGUACCCACUCACCGCCCCGGCAUGCAUUGGAGACAAACCGAAGAACGAAACGGCGACUAGC